GUGAUGAUAAAAGAGGUAUUAUAAAAUAUUUUCCUAAAAGGAGGACACUUCUUUCCAGAUCAUUGGCUGUGUGGGCGAAGGUGGCCUGAACUAGGGGUUCUGUGUUGAGAUGCUUCAAAGCCUUGUUAAAAAUAUUUGGGUCCCAUUGAAGUCCUACUAUACCCAAGUUUGCCAGAUUUGGGUAGGAAUGGGGUUGAUAGACUUCAUCAUUUAUGAAAUCAGGAGUGCUGAUAAAAGAAGUAAAGCCUUAAAAGCUUUGAAUCCUGCACCUGUUCAUGGUCACCAUUAACCAGCUUUACUUGGAGUACGCAUCAGAUGGCACAUUAGUCUGGCUAUAAAUCUCAGAAGCUCUGUUAGAUGGGAACAUGGAGUAUUGCUAUACACUUGUAGAUGUGUUGUUUCCUUUGUGGUGCAAAUAAAUAUAACCAUGAGGUGCAAAAAAAUAAACUAAAAAACAAAAGGGGGAUACUUGGCCUUGGUAAGGUUGAAAACCGCUCUGAGUUUACUAUACUACAAGAGAAUAGCCACAGCCUAAAUAAGAUAAUGCAUAUGAAAAUCACCUCGCAUAGUACUAGACAUAAAGGUGAGGUCCAGCAAAUGUUUAUUUCAGUUCAUAAGUCAUUUAAAAGAUCCUUUAGACCCUUGCUAAUAGAAAUAGAGUCUGUGGACCAGCAGCAUUAGCAACAUCUGGCAGUUGUUACAAAUGCAGAAUUUUAGGCCAGACAUGAUGAAUUCGAAUCUGCAUUUUAACAAGUUUUUUGGGGAAUUCUUGUGCAUGUUGAAGCCUUAUAAACAUUGCCCACAGUUUGAAAAGUAUCAGUGCAAUGCA